AUGUCUGCGCCUCUUGCACCGCGUCGCACUCGCACUGUCGACUUGGAAUUGAUGACGAGGGAAGAACUCAUUGAACUUGCCAAGAAACAAAGCAUAACAAACCGUGAGAAAACCCAGUAUAUUGCCCACCUGGAGGAGCUUGUGAAGGACAUCACCAAUCAAUCGUCUAAUGAAAAGGUGUGCCCAGCAGCCGCCGUGGAUUCAGGCGAAGUAACAACGACUGAGGUGUCGCAGCUCCAACACUCCUUGUUGCAAUUGCAGCAAGAGAUAGAGCAGGAGCGCGUGACAUUUGCUCAGGAUAUGAGUCGAAGUGAGGAAUUAAUAACGGCUUUACGUGAGCAGUUGGAGGAAAAGACAAGAGAGUUUCAGACGCUAAGGGAAACAGGAAGCACAGUGCUCACACAGUCGGAUGGAAUCGUCGCCGCACAAGCCAAGGUGCUAGAGGCCUCUGUUCAGGAGAGAGUAAGGGAGUUGAGAGAGUAUGACAGACUCGAGCGUGAAAACCAUAAAAACCGUAUUAAUCAACUGGAAAACGAACUUCAGCGCCUCCGAGAAAGUCAGCAAAUAACCGCGCAACAAUACACUGCAAGUUCUGGAGGUCCAAGUGCCGAAGCCAUAAGGGAAAGCAUAGAUCGUGAAGUGAAGGAAAAGGUCGAGCAGUGGCAGGAUCGAGUGCGAACUGUGGUGGAGCAAGACAGAAAAACAAUUCAGGAUCUGCGGAAUGAACUUUCCCGGUAUCAAGACUCGGACCUGGAGACCCAGUCUAGGGAGGAGGCCAUGCAUGCCUUACAGCAAGAAGUGGAGCAACUGAAGGCACAAUUGGCUGAGGCUCAGCGAAGCCAUGAUGAAGUUGCUGUGGCUAGUGAGGUAAAAUGUCGUGAAGUUAUGGAGUCUAGGGAGGAGGCCAUGCAUGCCUUACAGCAAGAAGUGGAGCAACUGAAGGCACAAUUGGCUGAGGCUCAGCGAAGCCAUGAUGAAGUUGCUGUGGCUAGUGAGGUAAAAUGUCGUGAAGUUAUGGAGUCUAGGGAGGAGGCCAUGCAUGCCUUACAGCAAGAGGUGGAGCAACUGAAGGCACAAUUGGCUGAGGCUCAGCGAAGCCAUGAUGAAGUUGCUGUGGCUAGUGAGGUAAAAUGUCGUGAAGUUAUGGAGUCUAGGGAGGAGGCCAUGCAUGCCUUACAGCAAGAGGUGGAGCAACUGAAGGCACAAUUGGCUGAGGCUCAGCGAAGCCAUGAUGAAGUUGCUGUGGCUAGUGAGGUAAAAUGUCGUGAAGUUAUGGAGUCUAGGGAGGAGGCCAUGCAUGCCUUACAGCAAGAAGUGGAGCAACUGAAGGCACAAUUGGCUGAGGCUCAGCGAAGCCAUGAUGAAGUUGCUGUGGCUAGUGAGGUAAAAUGUCGUGAAGUUAUGGAGUCUAGGGAGGAGGCCAUGCAUGCCUUACAGCAAGAGGUGGAGCAACUGAAGGCACAAUUGGCUGAGGCUCAGCGAAGCCAUGAUGAAGUUGCUGUGGCUAGUGAGGUAAAAUGUCGUGAAGUUAUGGAGUCUAGGGAGGAGGCCAUGCAUGCCUUACAGCAAGAAGUGGAGCAACUGAAGGCACAAUUGGCUGAGGCUCAGCGAAGCCAUGAUGAAGUUGCUGUGGCUAGUGAGGUAAAAUGUCGUGAAGUUAUGGAGUCUAGGGAGGAGGCCAUGCAUGCCUUACAGCAAGAGGUGGAGCAACUGAAGGCACAAUUGGCUGAGGCUCAGCGAAGCCAUGAUGAAGUUGCUGAGGGUGUGGCGUGUGGCAACUCUGCAUCUUUGCCUCUUACUUCUAAAGUGGUUGAGUGGAUGGACGCUGUUGGUGCAGCGUUGUCACAAUCUGAUAAGCAGGAAACGGUGCUUGUUUCCUCUCUUGACGGAUGGCAUGCUGAGGGAAACCGCAGGGAUGAAAUAUUUUGCAAGGUGAUACAAGUUUUUCGUGCGUCUAUGGCUAACUUGCAGUCGGAACUUUUAAACGUGGCUGGUGAAUGUGUAAAACUGAAGCGCCGUGUUGUGGAACUUCAAGCGCUGGGUAAGUGCGGCGUUGCCUAA